AUGAUCCCCUCCAUUGCUCUUGUGGCCCUUGCUGCCAGCCCGGCCUUCGCCGGUGUGAUGCAGGCUCGUGGUGAGGACUUUGUCCGUCCCGUCGAGAACCACUCUUCGGAGCACCACCAGGUGUCGACCACCCCGUGCACCACCUCGACCACGUCGACCACCACUCACCACAGCACCACCCCGUGCACCACCACCAAGUCGACCACCACCCCGACUACCACUCACCACAGUACCACCCCGUGCACCACUAGCACCAAGUCGACCACCACCCCAACGACCACUCACCACAGUACCACCACUCCUGUGAAGCCCACCACCAAGAUCAUCACUGUUGUGACCACCUCUUGCCCUGUCACCUCCACUGUUGUCAGCUCUGGCUCCGUCACCUUCACUGUCCCUGUCACCGAGACUAGCACCAUCACCCAGACCAGCACUGUUGUCUGCACCGAGUGCGAGAACAUCCCCACUAUCAUCAACCAGGUCUCCAGCUCGGUCCCCAGCAAGGCCCAGUCCAUCCCGGUCAUCCCUGCUCAGCAGACCACCGCCCCCGCUCAGCAGGCCUCUGUUCAGCCCUCCCAGCCUGCUGCUGCCUCCCCCGCUCAGCCCGAGCAGCCCGCUGUCUCUCCUGCCCAGCCUGAGACUCCUGCUGCCUCUCCUGCUCAGCCCGAGACUCCUGCUGCCUCCCCCGCUCAGCCCCAGACUCCUGCUGCCUCUCCCGCUCAGCCCCAGACUCCUGCUCAGCCCGAGUCCCCUGCUCAGCCCGAGUCCCCUGCUCAGCCCGAGUCCCCUGCUCAGCCCCAGACCCCUGAGACCCAGCCCUCCACCCCCGCUCAGCAGAACCCCAGCACCAGCUCCGUCCCCUUUAAGGGCGCUGCUUCCAACACCAAGCCCGUUGCUGGCCUCUUGGCCGGUGUCGUCGGCCUGAUGGCUCUUCUGUAA